GUAAAAUUUCUACACAAACUUAUCGUGUAAACAGAUUAUGUCGUAUACAACUGAGAACGAUUCAUCUGAUCAUCCGCAUCCAUGUGAUGAGCAUAUAUCACCUGGCGAUGAGGAUGAUGGUGGCGAUUCUAGUCUUACUUUACCUGCUGAAGCACAGUAUGAUCCAACUUUGACUGGAGCAGAAUAUUACCAAACAGGUGGUUAUUGGCAUGCUGGAACACAAAUGAUGGAUUGUUUAUUUCAAACUGAUCGGAUUGCAGAUGUGGCUUUCGAUCCUUUAGAAGAAUUAAUCUGGUGUGUGACACGUACAGGUCAAAUGAGUGCAUUCUAUUCAACUACCAUGGAACGUUAUAUAACGCUUACUGUACCGUUGAUUUCUGAUGUGAAUUCACUUGAAACUGUCACACCAUAUAAUGGAUUGAAGCAAGUCUUUCCUUCACCUCGUCCAAUGGAACAUUCUGUUUUUGUUUUGGCUAAUAAUGCUUUACAUGCUUAUACAAAAAUGGGCAGACCAUUAGCUUCUGUUGUACAUAAAUUCAUGCUAGAGUUAGAAUGUUUAGCUGUAACUGGUCCUACUGGUACCUUGAUGAGUGGAUCCGGUAUUAGAGGAGCUGGUAAUGGUUUAGGGAACUUCGCACGAUUUUUCUUGGGUGGUCUUCAACCAACCCUACUAGAAGUAGAUGCUGUAGAACGUUGGGGUGAAGUAAUCAAUACAAUAGAUGUUGGAAUUGGUGGAUCUGUAGUGCUUCGACCAUUCAGUGGUGGCUUAUGCGCUGGAAAUACAAAUGGAAAAGUUAUGAUAAUCGAUUCGCGUACCAGUCAUGGUAUUGUACGUGAAUUAGACGCACAUACUGGUGAAAUCUCUGAUAUGACAGUUGAUGCGAAUAGUCAUACAUUAGUCACUUGUGGAUGGUCACGUAUCGGUGAUUCUGGAUUACGUGUGGACCGCUUGUUGAGAGUAUAUGAUCUUCGAUCGGGUCGUGCUCAAGUCCCACUCUCUACAUCACUAGAUCCAUGUUUUGUUCGAUUUAUACCUGGUUGCAGUGAUAGUUUAUUGGCUACUUCACAAACUGGUGCUUUUCAAACUAUACAAUGGGGUAAAAUUGCGUUUUCCCCCAAUGAUUUAGGUCAAUUGUGGUUAGGUUACGACCGACUAGUUGCCACAGAUCUAUCACAAAAUGGGAAUUGUGUCGUUUUCGCCACUGAAGCUGGACAACUACACUUAUAUAUUCAUGAUAUAAAUUCGUGCCAAUUUAAUACAUCACCUUUACCUACAGAAUUCGCUUCUCCAUUCCCGGAAAGUUUAUGGCCUACAAAUACACUACAAACUACAAUCCCAGUAAAUUAUUCAUUAAUGAUUUUCGAUGAUCCUACUAAUACACUGUAUGGAAGCAAUUUAGCUGGAAUUGGUAAAACGGCUGCUGAAUCAGUUGGCUUACAAAUGUUAGCUGCUUCUAUACAUCAACCACCAGAAAGUUUAUCCAGUCCAGAUUUUCUAAAUCUUGUCGAACGUCGUAAAGCCGAAGCAGCACGUGAAGCAGUUCUUACUGCUUAUAAACCAAUUGAAUAUGAUGAUUAUCGUUUCUCAUUAGCCAGUGUUCCUUUUGCCGCUUAUCCACCACCAAUAUUCGAUUCAACCAAUAAUCCAAUUGAAGAUGAAUCAAGUUGUAUAUGGAAAGCUAAACUGGACACAAUGUGUACAUCGGAUUGGCCAGAAGAUUUGAAUAAAUCACAGCAUAAAGUAAUGAAUGAAGUUGAUCCUGAUCUUUUAAAUAAUGCCAAUAGAAAACGAGCUGUACGUAAACCACCUCAUUGGGGAACUGUAUGGCAUCCAUAUUCCACGGAUGAAGUAACAAUGAACUCAUAUACUACUCAUAAUAAUAUUGAUGAUAAUAGCUUGGAAACUGGAUGUUCUAGUCCAUUGCAAUUAGGUCGUUUCGAACAUGUUGCAAUGAAAGCAACAACAACGACAACAACAAUCAACGCUACUAUCCCCACUACCACCAUCCCGGCAAUUACAUCAUCCACAUCGACAGCGGUCAGUAAUAACAAAUUGCCUACAUUAGCAUAAUCAUAUUAUCGUCAUUAAUAAAAUGCAUUUCAGUUGUUUAUUUCUGUUAUUGUCAUCGUCACUUGACUUUUUUUUCUUUUAUGUUAACAAAAUUGCAUUGAGAAGUUAUUUACACCACUACAUUUUUAUUGAUGCUUUGCUUCACCUUUGAGAUAUAUAUAUAUGUCAGUAACAACAUAACGUACACUGUCCAUUGACAUCAAAUCACCAUGUACAAUCAAUUUUAGUUUAGAAAUUAUGUACAAAUAUUUAGAUUGUUUUUUCUCUUUUACAUUCUAUGGUAGUAUGGUUUUUCUUAUUUCUCUGUAUUGAUUAUACUUAGUUAACAAUCGAGUUCUAUUCCCUUUUGUUGCCUCGGUUACUAUUUUUUUCUUUGCAUUAUAUAUAUUAAAUAGAUAGGUUUUCUUUUUUUUUAUUUAGUUAAAACAAGCAUAACUGUGGGGGGUUACGGUUUUUUUUAAAAUUAAAAAAAUCCCACUGUUCCCCCCCAUAUUUUAACUGUUAUUUUUACGAACUGUUAAUAAAUGAAUCAAUGAAAACAUAAAUAGUUUUGUUAUUC